UAUUAAUACAAUAAAUAAUAAUUUAAAAUAAUAUGAAUAAAUUAGUAUCUGCAUUUGUUAGGAGUAUGCAAACUCAGGUGCCUCUUUACACUUAUCAUUUCCCCAAUGGAUCAGUCUACAAUAAUGUAUUCUAUUGACAUUAAAUUUAGCCAGCUGUGACAGCCAAGAGAAUAAUCAAGGUUGUCGGAGAAAGAUUAAGAAAAAUAGAUCCUGAAAGAGUAUUUAUUGAAAUCAUUAAUUCUUUUUUAGUGGGAAUCGACUCCAAUCACAUUCAAUACCAAUUGGAAUGAUGCUGCAGGAUAUGUCGAUGUGGCUACAUGCAUUCACAUUCACGAUGCCCUUGAAAAAGAAUUCGGAAUUGAAAUCAAAGACAGAGCCUUCUUGGUUUCGAGCAUUGAAACGGCAUUCUAUAUCGUAAACAUUCAUCACGAUAGUCAUUGACACAAUAUCA